CCUCCUCCCCCGCCCUGCACAAACUAGUGACUACUGAAAAAAAACCAAAGCAAGAUAGAAAGAGAGAGAGAGAGCCCCGAAACCUAAAUGUUUAGAUUCUGAGUUCACAUCCGUUUCCGAGCUAUUAGUUUCAUCCAUAAUGAAAAGAGAGCAUCAUAGCCACCCCCACUACCCUAAUCCAAACCCACCCAUGGCCUCCGCUUCUAAUGAUAACAAGGCCGGCAAGGCGGCGAUGUACGACGACGGCAUGGAUGAGCUUCUGGCCGUUUUGGGUUACAAGGUCAAGUCUUCCAACAUGGCCGAUGUGGCCCAGAAGCUUGAGCAGCUUGAGGAGUUCAUGGGGACUGUUCAGGACGACGGGCUGUCCCAGCUGGCUUCUGAUACCGUUCAUUACAAUCCCUCCGAUCUGUCGAAUUGGCUGGAGAGCAUGAUCUCCGAGAUUACUCCGCCUCCGAAUUUCGACCCGGUAAUGGCGGCGCCGUUGAAUCAGCUCGGUGGCAGCAGCUCUGUUAUUCUGGAAGAUUCGUUUUUGGCUCCGGCGGAAUCUUCCACCAUAACCUCCAUCGAUUUCGCAGAUCACAACAUGAACAUAAACACAAGCAGGACCAAAUCUCUUAGCCCACGAACACAGUUCGACGACUGCUCCUCCUCCUCCAAUUAUGAACUCAAAGCCAUACCUGGUCAGGCCAUUUUCAGCCAGACCCAUUUCGAUUCCUCCCCUCGACAGCCAAAACGACUCAAACCCAACACAGAUUUCUACCCCACCACCACCUCCAUCCAACCCGUCUCCCUCCCCCUCCCCACCGCCGCCGAGCCAUCUCGCCCUGUAGUCGUUGUCGACUCGCAAGAAAAUGGAGUCAGAUUAGUCCACGGCCUCAUGGCCUGCGCCGAAGCCGUCCAGCAGAACAACCUCAACCUCGCCAAGGCCCUGGUCACGCAGAUCAGCUACCUCGCCAUCUCCCAAGCCGGAGCCAUGCGUAAAGUCGCCACCUUCUUCGCCGAGGCUCUAGCCCAGCGCAUCUUCCGCGUCUACCCUGCCGCUCCGAUCGACCACUCCUACUCGGAGAUGCUCCAGAUGCACUUCUACGAGACCUGCCCUUACAUCAAGUUCGCCCACUUCACCGCCAACCAGGCCAUCCUCGAAGGCUUCCAAGAUAAGAAAAGAGUUCACGUCAUCGAUUUCUCCAUGAACCAAGGGAUGCAGUGGCCGGCCCUGAUGCAGGCUCUGGCUCUCCGACCCGGCGGGCCGCCUGCUUUUCGCCUUACAGGUAUCGGCCCGCCGGCUGCGGACAACUCGGACCAUCUUCAAGAGGUUGGCUGGAAGCUAGCACAGCUGGCCGAAACCAUUCAUGUAGAAUUUGAGUAUAGAGGGUUCGUGGCCAACAGCUUGGCUGAUCUGGAUGCUUCUAUGCUGGAGCUGAGGCCGAGUGAGGUGGAAUCGGUUGCGGUUAACUCGGUGUUUGAGCUGCAUAAACUGUUGGCUCGGCCCGGUGCGAUCGAGAAAGUACUGUCUGUAGUGAAGCAGAUGAAGCCGGAGAUCGUUACUGUGGUGGAGCAGGAGGCGAACCACAACGGUCCGGUUUUCCUGAACCGAUUCAACGAGUCGCUGCACUAUUACUCGACGCUGUUUGACUCGCUGGAGGGGUCGGUCAACAGCCAGGACAAGAUGAUGUCGGAGGUGUACCUGGGGAAGCAAAUCUUCAACGUGGUGGCAUGUGAAGGGGUCGAGCGGGUCGAGAGGCACGAGACUCUGGCUCAGUGGCGGACCCGGUUUGGUGAUUCCGGUUUCGCUCCGGUUCAUUUGGGCUCCAACGCGUUCAAGCAGGCUAGCAUGCUUUUGGCGCUCUUCGCCGGCGGAGAUGGGUACAGAGUGGAAGAGAACGACGGGUGUUUAAUGCUGGGGUGGCACACUCGGCCGCUCAUUGCCACCUCGGCCUGGAGACUCGCCUCUCAAGCGGUGAUGAGUCACUGAGUCAACUCAGUGAGUCUGGUCGACGCGUUGUGGGUUUUUUUUUUUGGGUGCCAAGUGCCAACCAAACAGGCCCUUGUCAAUGAGUGAGUUGGCCCUCAAUGUGCUAAUCUGAACUGGGGUGCGUACGUUUAGGGUGAUUGAGACCCACAAAAGCCCCCACCCACCGUUACCAAGUCUUUGUUUUUUUUUUUUUUCAAUUUACUUAAUUUUGUCAAAGGGGUUAUUUUUCUGGAUCAAGAAUCAAGAGAUGGAUGAUGAUAAUGGAGUGUACCCAUGUUAAUAUCUAUAGGUUGGUGGUGAUAAUAAAAUGAAAUUAAAACCUUUUUGACUGCUAUUUGUU